AUGGCACCGUCAGCGUCAGGUGAGGCGAUCCGCGCGGGCUCCCGCGUGGCCGGCCCGUCGGAGCGGCUGGCGCUGUCUCUGCUGUCCCCGAUGCCGAACGAGCAAGACUUUGCUGUCAACGUGUGCACCGUGCUUGCUGCGGACCAUUCGAAUCGAUUGCCGUUGGCGUCCACGCCGCAUAUACUGGACUUUCUGUUGGCGCAUGCGGGCGUUUAUAAUCAUUCGAGUCUCCGCGACACAAUCGGGCGCUCCUACUUCGAAGCCCGAGGCCGUUACCCCGACGAGUUCUGGAAGAUGCGAGCCGGGGGCGGAGGCGCGAGAGAAUUAGCUGACGAGACCAAGUUCAUGCAGCCAGGAUUGGAACAGCCAGAACUGAUGGUUCAGGCGUUGGCAGCACAUAAUACGCUGACUGACUGCCUCAUGCAGGAGGACGCGGAGACUGACGUCUUAGAGAAGAUGAUGGAAGACGACAUGCUAGAAGACUGGGUGACCGAGCCGUCCGAAGAGAAGCAGCUUUUCGCACCGGUACUACCAGGCGGCGCUAUGUGUGUUUACACACAGCGGGUGCUACAGAUCGCUUCGAUCGUCCGCUCGCUGUCCUUCCACGAGGAGAACGUGCAGUAUCUGGCGAGAAAUACUACUCUGAUAAGAUUCCUGCUCCUCUGUGCCAACUGCUGGGUUGGCUCUCUGAGGCAAUCUGGACUGGACACUCUUGGGAAUGUCUCUACAGAACUCGUAAUAAAGGAUCCAGCGACGUGUCUAAUAUCACGUCACGUGUUGUCGACUAUACAAUCGGCGCUAGUUUCGCCGGACCGUGCAAGAGUGCUCGCCGCUUUGGAGCUGCUGAACAAACUCGCGCAGAACGAGGUCAAUGAGGACGCUUUGCUGAAGGCUUUGGAGGCCAAGAACGAGGUCAAUGAGGAUGCGCUGCUGAAGGCUUUGGAGGCUAAGGUAAAAGACGUCUUAUGUCGUUGGAAUAGGUUCUAA